CAUGAUACCUGCAAGCUCGAUCGGCUCCUCAAGUAUUUCUUGACGCAGUGUGUUUCUGACGGUGAAGACCGGUCCACACUCGACAAGGAGGCGCUGCUCGAACAAUGUCUCAACAAAGUGCUCCCUAUCUGUAAUGAGGAAGAGAUGCGGACGCAUUUA